UACUUUCUCGGCUAUGACGGUGGCAGGAAGCUCGUAGCAACAUGGUCCCGGCCUCGUUGCCACUUCAUGUAAAAUCCCGCCUGCGGCUCCUUGUGAUUCUCAAACUCUCCACACUUUUUUCUUUUCUGCGGAAACCACACACCUGCAGCUUUUCUCCCUUCCCCUCGUUGUUGUCGCGAGGCCGUCUGGGUGAUUGGGCUUUGCAACUCUCCACUCCAAUUGACUUCGUGUUUGCGCUCUUGCCGAGCUGCUAAACGUCACCACCAUGUUGGCAUCUCGUCAGCUCCUGGGCGUCGCCCGGAGCCGUACCCUCGGUGGCAUGAGCCUGGGCCUCAGGCGCAUGGCGACCGUGACAGACUCUCCUCUGGACAAGAAGGUCCGCCAAAACAACUUGGAGGAGGGCAACUUCAUCAACUACAAGAAGAUGUCAGAGAACCUUGCCAUUGUGAGGUCAAGGCUAAACCGCCCCCUCACCUUCGCCGAGAAGAUCCUCUACUCCCAUCUUGACGAUCCCCACGGCCAAGAGAUUGAGCGCGGUGUCUCCUACCUCAAACUGCGGCCGGAUCGCGUUGCCUGCCAGGAUGCCACCGCCCAGAUGGCUAUCCUCCAGUUCAUCUCCGCGGGUAUGCCGCAAGUGGCCAACCCCACCACCGUCCACUGUGACCAUCUUAUCGAAGCGCAAGUUGGUGGUGUCAAGGAUCUGGAGCGCGCGGUCUCCAUCAACAAGGAGGUCUACGACUUUCUGUCCAGCGCCUGCGCAAAGUACAACAUCGGUUUCUGGAAGCCCGGCUCCGGCAUCAUUCACCAGAUCAUCCUCGAGAACUAUGCCUUCCCUGGCGGUCUCUUGAUUGGAACUGAUUCUCACACGCCCAACGCCGGAGGUCUCGGCAUGUGCGCCAUCGGAGUCGGCGGUGCUGACGCCGUCGAUGUCAUGGCUAACCUGCCCUGGGAACUCAAGGCUCCUAAGGUCAUUGGUGUGAAGCUGACGGGCGCCAUGUCCGGCUGGACCGCUCCCAAGGACGUCAUCCUCAAGGUUGCAGGCAUUCUCACUGUGAAGGGCGGCACAGGCGCGAUCGUGGAGUAUUUCGGUCCUGGUGUUGACACUAUCAGUGCCACUGGCAUGGGCACGAUCUGCAACAUGGGUGCCGAAAUUGGUGCGACUACAUCCCUUUUCCCAUUCAACCAGCAGAUGCAGGACUACCUCAACGCGACCAAGCGCAAGGAGAUUGGCGAUUUUGCGCGCUCCUACGCCAAGGAGCUCCGCGCGGACGAGGGCGCCGAGUACGACCAGGUGAUCGAGAUCAACCUGUCCGAGCUCGAGCCCCACAUUAACGGUCCCUUUACCCCGGACCUGGCGACCCCCAUCUCGAAGUUUUCCGAGGCUGUCAAGGCCAACGGGUGGCCCGAAGAGCUCAAGGUUGGUCUGAUCGGCUCUUGCACCAACUCUUCGUACGAGGACAUGACUCGCGCUGCCUCGAUCGCCCGUGACGCCCUCAAUCACGGCCUCAAGGCUAAGGCUGCGUUCGUCGUCACCCCUGGCUCCGAGCAGAUCCGUGCCACCAUUGCACGUGACGGCCAGCUCAACACUUUCGAGGAGUUUGGUGGCAUUGUUCUGGCCAACGCCUGCGGUCCUUGCAUUGGCCAGUGGGACCGCCGGGAUGUCAAGAAGGGUGAGGCCAACUCGAUCAUCUCUUCCUACAACCGCAACUUCACCGGCCGUAACGAUGGCAACCCCGCUACCCACUCUUUCGUCACCUCGCCUGAUCUCGUCGUCGCCAUGAGCAUUGCCGGCUCGCUGCAUUUCAACCCCCUGACCGACAAGCUCAAGGACAAGGACGGCAAUGAGUUCAUGCUGGCUCCUCCCUCGGGUGACGGUCUGCCUGCCGCCGGCUACGACCCCGGCCAGAACACCUACCAGGCGCCUCCCAAGGACCGCGGUACGGUUGACGUUCAAGUCUCUCCGAGCUCAGACCGCCUCCAGAUCCUCUCUCCCUUCAACGCCUGGGAUGGCAAGGAUGCCCUCAGCUGCCCCAUCCUGAUCAAGGCUCAGGGGAAGACCACUACUGACCACAUCUCGAUGGCUGGCCCGUGGCUCAAGUACCGUGGUCACCUUGACAACAUCUCCAACAACAUGCUGAUCGGCGCCAUUAACGCUGCCAACGGCGAAGCCAACAAAGUCAAGAACCAGACAAAUGGCUCCUGGGAUGCCGUCCCGACUGUUGCUCGUGACUACAAGGCCAAGGGCAUCAAGUGGGUUGUCGUCGGUGACUGGAACUAUGGUGAGGGUUCUUCCCGUGAGCACGCCGCUCUCGAGCCCCGUCACCUUGGCGGUCUCGCCAUCAUCACCCGGUCCUUCGCCCGUAUCCACGAGACCAACCUGAAGAAGCAGGGUAUGCUUCCCCUGACCUUCUCUGACCCGGCCGACUACGACAAGAUCCAGCCCGACGACAAGGUCGACAUCCUCUGCACCGAGCUUGCUGUUGGCAAGCCCAUUACCAUGCGCGUGCACCCGGCAAACGGCGGUUCACCAUUCGAGGUUAAGCUGUCGCACACGUUCAACGAGGCUCAGAUUGAGUGGUUCAAGAACGGCAGCGCGCUUAACACCAUGGCCAAGAAUGCCAAGCACUAGAUAAAACAAAACAUCUACUUACAUAAACUUAUGAAGUCUGAAGAAACAGACGAUGGGAUGGUGGUGAUAUUGAGAGGUGUGGGUAGUGGGUCGGCGGUUCAGGGACAUCGGAAUUGGCGUAAUCCGAGCACUGUUUCUCAUUUGUACGUAUAUUGCCGGUCCUUUGCAUUCCAAUGGUUGGUUUAUGAAGGAUGCUUUCGUGAGUCCUCCUGAGUCGAAGUGUGUGAGUACAUCCUGCACGUGGCUAUAUACCUGGAAUGCUCUACAACUGCUUGUUCAAUACCAAUUCUCUGCUUUGGCUACAGGAGCUUUAGUGUCAGGGGGGAGAAAGUGGGAAGAUUUGCAGAAGAGUGAGGUAGGACCCUGCAAAGGAGGGUUGGGUAAGAAUAGGGAGGCAGAAUGACAAGAUGAGAUCCAAGACCAUGAAAAGUGCCUAUAGCAAGAGGAUAAGGUAUCUUAGCUUUCAUUCUUUGGG